GAGACCGUCCACACCAACUGCUCGUGGUUUUCACAUGGGUUUGACACGUCAAAGGAUGAUAUUUUGACGUUGGCCAGUCUGAAGCUGUGUAUCCACAGAACACGGUAUCUCUCGCUUGCAUUUCAGCUGACGUGUCCGUGCUGUCAGUCCCGUCGAGCAGCUUUUUUAUUUGUUUAGUUUUUUUCUACCCCGUAACGGUAAGCGCUCGGCCUCCCUCUCCACCUGCGACGCGCGCGUUUCCCACCACGCGUGUGUAACGACAAUCCUGUCUGUUGGGUGGGGGGGAGAGAGAGCCCGUCAUUAAUGUUGCGCCUGAAAGAAAGCACCAGUAAGGCGGGCUACCUCCGACUGGCCAUGGACGGCAACGCGGCAGCCGAGAGCGCAGCGGCGGCGAGCGGCGACGAAGCCGUUGCCUCCGUUGGUCACGAGUCGGAAGACUCGGAGGUGGCCGCGGUGCCGACCUCGGCGCAUGCGAACAGUGUCCUGCUGGCGCCUCCGAGCUCGAGCGGCGACCCGUUUCCCCGGGGCGAGAGCGCGUUCGAGCUGUCGCGGCAUCUCUCCAAGUCGCCGCUCGCUCGGGUCCAGUCCGAGGCGGCGGAGGACAAGUCCCCGAGGCCCAAGAUGGAGUUCAAGCCCACGCCACGGCGCGCGCCCAGGAACGGCAAAGUAGGGGGUGGCGGCGGCCCAGCCGAGAGCGAUGGCAGCCGUGCAGGCAAUGCAGCCUGCGAGCAGCACUCGUUUCUCACAGACGUCACGGACGUGAGACAGAUGGAGCAGGGCCUGCUGCAGCUGCUGCACGACUUCCACUCGGGAAAGCUGCAGGCCUUUGGUAAGGACUGCACUUUUGAGAAAAUGGAGCACGUGCGAGAGCAGCAGGAGCGGCUCGCCCGUCUUCACUUUGAGCUCAACGCUCAGCAAGAACACUGUGGUCCAGAAUCCGAGGAGGGACGGCAGCUGGCAAAGGACAACCUGACAAAGCUCAUCGAGAAUUGAACUUGCCAGUAUCUAGCAUCAACAAGUUCAUAGACCAAACCCUCCUGACAUUAGCCGGACAGCGGGUGCGGGCGAGCGUCUCAGUGCACGUUUUCUGCUACUCACCGAACAUCGCAGUCCCUGCGCCGUAGCAGAAAUCUUCCUCGCGUCUGUGCUUGCUGCAUAUCCAAGUUGUAGCCGAUGGCUGUUUGCUGGUUCUAAGUUUCGCCAGCCAAGCUUCACGCAGCUCCUUGCCCUGCGGCUACGUGUGAAUAAGGCUCACACCGGGCUCCGUUGCGUACGUCCGGCACUGCGGCACAGAGCAGUAGCCUACCAUGCUGCACGCCUCCAAAGGCAGCCAAUACCUAUUAUAGUACUUUCAAAUGUUGUCAAGCAGACACCCAUUACGGUAAUUAAAGCCGCACCACUUAAUCAGAACCGCAGCGCAGGUGGGACUUUAAACUUCUGUUUUCAGCUUGCUUUGGCGCUUCCGAAGCAGCCGACGCAGCCGCUGUGUCCACGUGAUCCCUCAUGCCACGUCAUGCCGAUGGUGGCGCCAGCUUUCUCAGUGGUGGAGCUCGCCCCCAGUAGGGAUGAAAUACUUAGCAGACAUGAUUGUCAGUGCGCAUUGUAUGCAUGACACUUGUCAGCUCAAAAUGGCCUGACCUGAUGAGGGGCCCUUUAAGGCAUACUGCAGGCAUAUGCUUAAAAACCUUAUACUAGAACCAUCACUUGAAACUUUGUGUAUUAGAACCAAGGUCUUAAUUAAGGCACUGGAAAAAGAUGCCCACAACAUGACGAACUACAGAGACAGAUUGUUAGAGUUUACCGCGUGGCAUGGCUCACGUGACAUGCGCAGUGUCUGCAUGUAUUUUUUCCUUAAGUGCAUUAAAAUUCACUUGUGAGUGUGAA